GAUGCUCUAAGGUUCCUACUUACGGCUUUGAAUAGAUUCUGUUCAUUGUAUUGUCGUGCAUGGCCAAUUUCGGUACCAGCUGGAAUAAUCCAAGCUGAUAAUUUUAUAAGUAAAAGAGUAAAAGCAUCGAAUCUGGAUAAGCUAUCAUGCUCAUUAUUUCCCUUAAGAGUUAAUCUUCAGGAAGCAAAAGAAGUUAUAAUUUCCAUCAAACUUUAUGAUUUUGAGGAUGGAGAUCAAGAAAAAAGGCAAUUAUAUGGAUUAGGAUUUUUGUGGAAGAACGGAUCGAAUUCUAAUAGAGUUCAGGGGUGUGUUGUUUCUGAUAAAAGACGUGGUUUGGAAAUAAUGAUUCUCGGGACAUCUCCAAAUAACGAAUUAUUCUUUACAAAUAGAAGUCAAAUCUCAAUAGUUGAAAGUUUACAAUACAAAGAUGUCGAUAAUGAAAUCGAUCAAAUAUCGUCAUCUUUGCAAACUAUUUCAUUAGAAGGGUUUACCAAUAAUAUUCCCGGACUUGAAAAAGCUUAUGAUGCACUUUUUGAAGUAGUUGUUUACCCGUUAUUAUAUCCGGAUAUAAUACAAAAGUUAAAUAUUGAAUGUCCCAAAGGGGUGUUACUUCAUGGACCACCCGGUGUCGGAAAAACAUAUCUUGUUAGCAUAAUCGCAAAGGCUUGUAACGCAAAAAUGACGGACCUGAUGUAUUUGGGACUUAUGUUGGAGAAAGAUGCUCUAACACCGCAUCGGGUAGAAUCGCAAUCUCAUGAAUCUCGAGUGGUUGCUCAACUUCUAACAUUAAUGGAUGGUAUGGAAUCACGUGGCAGGUUGGUUGUUAUUGCGACAACCAAUCGACCUAAUGCUAUUGAUCCAGCUUUAAGAAGACCUGGACGAUUUGAUCGAGAAGUAUCAAUUGAUAUACCAAAUGAAAAAGUCCGUCAAAGAAUAUUACAAUUUAAAACGUCACAAAUGACGCUUGGAAAUGAUGUUGAUAUUGGUUUGUUAUCUUCUAUGACUAAUGGAUAUGUUGGUGCCGAUUUGGCUUCGCUAUGUCGUGAAGCUGCAAUAAAUGCGGUUCAUCGUCAAAUAAAUUGCGCUUCCGAUAAUAAUUUUGCAAAGCAUGAAGGAUAA